AUGUCGUCACACAAUCCACACGACGACGUACUCGAGAAAAGUUACGGGGAUCUGAUCGAUAUACCUAAGAACGAGCCGGUGCAUCCAGAGCCGCCCAAGCAUGAUCAUGAGCACGAACAGAAGCAUGAUCAUGAGCACGAACAGAAGCAUGAUCAUGAGCACGAGCAGAAACAUGAGCAUGAACAUAUGCAUGAGCACGGGCAUGAGCAUCACGGAGGUAUGUGA